UUCUAACCCGAAAAGACUCCUCCUCUCUCUCUCUCUCUCCCCCUUUUUGUUUCUCAUUUUCAAUCUGAAUGGUCGCAGAGCCAUGGAUUACAUCAAAGCUCUUGAAAAAGAAAGGGAAAAGAUUCUAGUUUUCGAGCGAGAACUGCCUCUAAGCCUGCUACUUGUCACUCAAGCGAUCGAGAGCUGCAAGAAACCGGAGGUGGGUGGAAGUGAGGAGAUCAGUAGUGAAGGGCCGAUCUUGGAGGAGUUUAUUCCAUUGAGGCCGAGUUGUUCCUCGUCUGAUGAAGAGAACAAUAACAAUCAUGGAAAUGGAUGGAUUGGUGACGGGUUUGAUAAGAAGCCUGACUGGCUGAGAUCGGUUCAGCUCUGGAAUCCGCAGGCUGAACCUCCUAAAGGGGAUAUUGUGAGGAGGCCUGUCGCUGUAAAUGCGAGGAAAAUUGGAGGAGCAUUUCAUCCUUUUGAGAAGGAGAAGGUUGGGGUUAAAGCUCCGGCAGCAGCUCCAGCAAGCUCGACGACUGAGAACACUAAUGAAGGUGGCCGAGGAAAUGGUGGGUCCAUGGAGGAGAAGGAGAAGGAGGGACAUUCUCAGAGGAAGGCGAGGCGAUGCUGGUCGCCGGAGCUUCACCGGAGAUUUCUGCAUGCUUUGCAGCAACUUGGAGGGUGUCAUGUUGCAACUCCUAAGCAAAUUAGGGAGCUGAUGAAGGUAGAUGGGCUAACCAAUGAUGAGGUCAAGAGUCAUUUACAGAAAUACCGGCUUCACAUCAAAAGGCCAACAACUCCUACAGUUCAUAACAAUAGCAAUAGCAAUGCUCAGCAACCUCAAAUUGUGUUAGUCGGCAGCUUAUGGAUGCCACCACCAAAUUAUACAACAGAAGCUGAAUCAACUCCAUCAAAUGAGAUAUAUACUCCAGUUGCUUCUCUUCCCUUCGAAUUUGAUCUGCGAAAAAGGGACACAUCUCCUGAAAGAGAUGAUAAUGUCGAGGAUUCUGAAAGACCGAAAUCACAUUCAUCAAAUACUUCUUCUCAAACAACUACGGCUUCGCUCCCUUAAGGAGUUUGUGAAUAGAUAUGCAUUGUGAAUUGAUUCUGUUUAACUUUUGUAACACGAGCUUCUUCAUCGCCUUGUGUUGUUUCCUUGUGUGAAAAAUAAGUGAGGACAGUUACAUGUAUCUAUACAGAUUUCUCUGGAUGAUAGAACAACAGUUAGCCUAUAUCUUCAUGCUGUUUUACUGAA